GGGUCCUGGGCCUUAGGGGUGACCCGGCCCCACCUCUUGCUCCCAGGGCUAGCCCGUGUCACUGCCACACUGCCUGUUUCCCAAGGGAGGAAACAGACCCAGAAAAUGUUAAACUCGCCUAAGUCCACAGUGGGAGGUGGAGUCAGUCAAGGCUGGGAGCGGAAAUCAUAGUUGCAAAAGUUUGCAGUGGCUUCUAAGUCUUACAUUCCGAAGUCCCAAAUCAGGGCCUCUCCUCCGGGAGAAUCCAGGGAAGAGUGCCUGGAUACGUAAGAGUUCAGUGUGGGAAGAACCCAGGCUGGGCCGGGGAGAAUUUUGAGCAGGGGGAAAGUAACAAGCAUGUCCUGCGUUGCACGUGGGCCUGACACCGAAGGACUCGGUCUUUUCAAUCCGGAAGAUGUUCGUGAGGAUGAGCGAGCGACUUGGCCCUGAGUAAAUAAGGACGGAAUGGCGCCUCUCGCUGAAACAAGACAUUACUUCCGCCGCCCCAAACAAGGAUGGAACAGCAAACGAGCAGUGCACUUCCGCCCGGAAGGAGGCCGACAGAAAGCACUUCCGCCAUCUCUUAAGAUGGCGCCGGCGGAAGGGGCGGAGAACCGCUGGGUGGUGAUGGCAGCGUCGCGGUUGGAGCUGAACCUGGUGCGGCUACUGUGUCGGUGCGAGGCGAUGGCAGCGGAGAAGCGGGACCCGGACGAGUGGCGUCUGGAAAAGUACGUGGGAGCCCUCGAGGACAUGUUGCAGGCCCUGAAAGCCCAGGCGAGCAAACCGGCCUCAGAGGUGAUCAAUGAAUAUUCUCGCAAGGUAGAUUUUCUGAAGGGGAUGCUGCAGGCAGAGAAGCUGACCUCCUCCUCAGAGAAGGCACUAGCCAACCAGUUCCUGGCCCCUGGCCGUGUGCCAACCACAGCCAAGGAGCGGGUGCCUGCCACAAAGACAUUGCAUCUACAGUCACGGGCACGGUACACCAAUGAGAUGCGGAGUGAGCUGCUAGGCACGGACUUUACUGGAGAGCCUGAACUGGAUGUGAGGAAGAGAACUGGGGUGGCAGGGCCCAGGCCAGGGGAUGAGAAGCAGUCAGCAGCCGAGCUAGACCUCGUCCUGCAGCGACACCAGAACCUCCAGGAGAAGCUGGCGGAGGAGAUGCUAGGCCUGGCCCGGAGCCUCAAGACCAACACACUGGCUGCCCAGAGUGUCAUCAAGAAGGACAACCAGACCCUGUCACACUCACUCAAGAUGGCUGACCAGAACCUGGAGAAGCUGAAGACAGAAUCUGAGAGGUUGGAGCAACAUACACAGAAGUCAGUCAACUGGCUGCUCUGGGCCAUGCUUAUUAUUGUCUGCUUCAUCUUCAUCAGCAUGAUCCUCUUCAUCCGUAUCAUGCCCAAACUCAAAUAAAGACCUGGCCUGAUCCAUC